UUUGGUCUUUUCUCGGUUUUAUCAAAACCGAGAAUAUUUGCAAAAUCCCUGCUUUGUUUCAGUGCAGCAACAAUACCUGUCAAGCCAAUCAACAUUAUCAACCUCAAACUCAAAAAAAGAAAAAGAAAAAUGGUAAUGUGGGUAUUUGGGUAUGGUUCCUUAAUCUGGAAAGCAGGGUUUCACUUUGAUGAGCGUGUUGUUGGUUUCAUCAAAGGUUAUCGACGUGUCUUUUACCAAGGCUCUACUGACCACAGAGGGACCCCUGAGUUCCCUGGAAGAACAGUCACCCUUGAGCCUGCUGAAGGAGAAAUAUGUUGGGGAGCUGCUUACAAGGUCUCAAAGAAAGAAGAUGAAGAAAUUGCAUUAACGCAUCUGGAAGUAAGGGAGAAGCAAUAUGACAAGAAGGAAUACCUAGAUUUUUACAUUGAGCUUAACGCUACAACUCCUGCCGUUUCUGGAGUGAUGGCAUAUGUAGCAUCUCCAAACACGAAAACUAACGUAAAUUACUUAGGCCCCGCAACUGUUGAAGAGAUUGCGAGGCAAAUAAUUCAGGCUGAAGGUCCCGCGGGACCUAACCGAGAUUAUCUUUUCAAACUUGAAGAGGCUCUUCUUGAAAUAGGAUGCAAAGACAAGCAUGUCAUUGAUCUUGCAAAUGAAGUCAGACGUAUUCUUUCAGACGAACACUGAAUACUUGAGUGUUAUUAAAACCACUCGGGAUUCUCAGACUUUGAGCUACCCUUUAUUUUUAAUCCAUUGGAAACUCUUAUUCUUUAAAAAAAUGUUAUUGGAAAACAUUCAGCUCUAAUUAUGCCAGUAAAUCUUCUCAUGUAACAUCUUGAUGUUAUGAUGGGUAGCUGAAUAGAAGUUGAACCAUUAUAAUGUCA